GUGAGAUUCGUGGAGGAGGAAAGUGUACGAUUUACGCUAGACCUUCCAGAGGCCAAGACCGAAUGGCUUUCCACUUCUCCCCCAGGGACUGGACACGUAGCUCUGGGUGCAGAGAACCGGGCUUUCUUCGUGGCCAUGUUCCAUCAGCUUCACUGUCUCAGGCUCUUCCGAGCGGCUCUCACUGGUCAACAUAAUCAAGAUCAUAAUCAUCACUGUCUUAAUUAUUUAAGACAAUGGAUACUUUGCCAAGCAGAUCUCACACUGGAAGCAGGAGAUUUUACCACACGAGACUUCGAACAGCACCGUGUUGGUGCUACACACGUCUGCAGAGACUGGGGGGAGAUAUACGACAGUGUUUCUGUCAAUUGGAAAGACCGGCAACCUGCUCCAUUAGCAAUCAUACAGCUGUAA